AAUAAUAAAAAUAUUAAAAAUAAAGUCUGAAUUUAUAUACGUUGUACUACAUUAAGUUCUGUUGAAGGCACUUUGUUAGAAGAGAUAUAUCUCUCCUUCAAAGCAAGAAUUAUUUCUUGCGUUUCGGAAUAAAGUGACUGCCGUAAAUAUUUUAGAGAGAAAUUUUCAUGAAAAAAAAAUCGACAGCCAGUAAGCACACGCCGGAAACACUGGUUAAACCAAAAGGUUUACACAAAAACGAGUUGCGACUUCAAUGUAGUUGUUUGGCGUGUAGAAAGCAAGUAUAACGGCGGUAAUUACCAAUAAAUUGUGUUAUAAAAACAGUGAUAAAUGGUUAUAUAAUUAUAUUAUUAUAUUAUAAGACAAACACCUUGUUUCUAAAGGGAAACGGGUUGUGCCGGCUGUCUUCUUAAGUGGGUCAUCCUGCUAUUUAUUGAUUUUCAAGUUUAUUUUACAUAUCACUUUUAAGAUUUUUGUGUUGUGCUCUUAUCUGUGUGAUUUGGGAUUUUAUGUGAAUAUCUUGUGUUCCACUAAAACUAGAAACUUAUGCCUAAGAGCCAAGGUUAAUGCUUUAUUCACAUAAAAAAAAAAUAGGUUUUGUUUUAUUUACAAACAUAUUUGUAGGAAAUCUGGUAAGGAAUACCCAUAGUAUUAGUAAGUAUUGGUAAAUCUAUUAGCUUUAUUUAUAUAUAGGAAUUUAUUGAGGAAUUUUUUUGCCUUUUGAAACAUGCCAAGUCCCUGCUGUGUUCCCGGAUGUAAAUCUAAUUACAAAAGUAGUUUAAGAGCAGGGGAGGCAAGUAUUUCUGUUUUUGGCUUCCCCAAAGAUGAACACCUUAAAAUGAAAUGGCUAAAAGCCAUACCUAGAGAUAAGUGGGCUCCUACUCAGUAUUCUGUGGUUUGUGCCAAGCAUUUUGACCCGAAUGAUAUUAUCUGUGAAGAUAAUUAUCUUUUACCUGAUGGCACACUUACUAAGAUUAAAAUUAAAGCAAGAUUAGUUUGCUCAGCAGUACCUCAAAUCUUUCCAAAUUUACCUGCAGAUUUAACAAAAACAGUGCCUCUUCCUAAAAAAAGUCCAGAUGAAAGAAAUAGUGAACAACAAAAAUGUAAUGAACUUUCCAAUGAAGCCUUUGAGCAACUUGAUUACAUAACAAAUUUUCAAGAUCUUAUAAGUAAUUAUUCCCAAAAAAUUGUAAUAUCUGACCUGUGGAAUGUAAAAAUUGUUGGGGAUACAAAACUAUAUUUCUAUACUUUAAACUUGAAUGAUCCUUGUAUAACUAUUAUUAAUCAAAUAUCAAUAGAUAGCGACCUACAUGUGAAAGUCUUUUUAAAAAACAAUGAGUUGUCCCAAAAUAACCUAAAAUGGAUUUUACCUUUCGAAUUAAAAUUAAGUAGGUGGUCUCAACUCGAGAAUCUAUUAACUAGGUAUGUCUUGUGAUUAUUGUGAGCUUAAUAAACCAUACUCUUCAUCUCUAGAGAAGUUUCAUGAUUUCAUUAAGCAAAGUUCAGAUUUCUUAAAACAGGCAUUAAAUUUAUUGGAAAGUUCUGAUUCACACAACUUAGAGGAUGAAAAAGAUAGUGACAUUUGUAAUCAAGUAAUACUUUUAAUAGACCAAAUAACUUUACUAAUUUUAAAGCAAAAAUGUUAUUGCCCAUCAACUAUAAUAAUGUCUUUUAUGUUAUAUAUAAAUUAUAUCCCCUUGCGCAUAUGAAUUGCUUAGAGAUUAUUUUAAUUUACCCAUAAAGAGAUACCUACAGUAUCUUUCUUCUAGCUUUGAUGUGCCACCAAAUUCUGACUUAAAUAAAACUAAUGAUAAUGAUAACACCACUAAUUAUUUAAACAUUGUAUCCACUCCUUUAGCACUGACUGAGAAAGUUGUUAAUUUAUUAGAAAGAAAGAAAGAAAAUGUGCUAUAUUACGUAAGAAUAAUCUUGUGUACAAGCUAAAAAACAAAACAAAAAUACAAUUUUGAAAAAUUGACAAAACAAUGAACAAAUUUAAACACAAGAAGACAAAACUUUUUGAACAUACUUGAAUUAAAGGUAACUAAAUAAAACAAUCAAUUACUAAAUAAAGGUAAACUUGUUGACAAAACUAGAGAAGAAAAAAGAAAAAAAAAACUUUCCAACAUGUCCAAGGUUAAAACCUAUCAUUAAAAAAGUCAUCCAGGUUAUAAUAUGCCUUAGCCAAUAAAAGCGACUUUAAUUCUCUUUUAAAUUUCUUAACAUCCGAUAUAUGUCUAACACAUAGAGGAACAUGAUUAUAAUAUUUUUUACUUAUGUAAAUUAAUGAGUUUUUGGUAAGGGAAGACGUAGGAAUAGAUAGGGGAACAUCAUUUAGACGAUGAGUCAAAUGGCCAGUGUCAGAGGGUAGUUUGGGAAUUUUGUGAAUAAGAGCAGCUGUUUCUAAAAUAAAGAGUGAAAAAAGAGUUAGGAUUUUUUCAGAAAUGAAGAGGGGUUUGCAAGAAUCUUAGCAGAACACAGGUAUCUAACUGCUUUUUUUUGAAUAACAAAGACAAUGUUAAGCAGUGGCGAAGCGUGAACUUUUUUUUCGGGUAGACAAACAAUAAAAAUCACUAAUUAGAAAAAAAAUGUGUAUUCCAUAUUAUUCACUUUAGUGAAAUAGGAAAUAAAAGCGCAUGAAAGAUUAACUUAAAGAGAAAAAUUAUGCAGUGAUAUAAAAAAGAAAAAAUAAUAAUAGAUAGCAUAAAAAUAAAUACUACUUACAAAAAAACACAACAUAUAUUAUAAAUAUUACAUGUAUAUACUUUACAUAAAUAUUCAUAUUGCUUUAUAAAGAAGUUCAAUACGACGCGAUUUGCUCAUAGCAAAAUUGUCAAUGACUUUUUCUUUAAAUUGUGGGUGUCGAUUGUAAUCUCCAACGAUAUCUUUUUCUAUAGGUAGCGUGGAUAACACAACCGUUCGUUCUUCAUCGAGUUUCUCAAAUAUGUUUUUAUUCGUUUUAAGGUACUCAUAGAUCUUUCUGAGGAGGCACUGGUCACUGGUAUAGUAAAAAUUAGCCUCAAUAAUUUUAUACUUUCAGAAAAAACAUCAUUUAAAUCAUUAUCAUAAAUAUAAUUAAAUAAUUGUAAUGGUUCUAAAUAUUGUUUAAUAUCACAAGCAUAUAUAACUGAUAGUUUAUUUUCUAAUUUUAAUAAAUUAAAAAUUUUUGGAUAGGUACUAUCCAAUUUUUGGUAAAGGUACUUUGGGGAUUGUUUUAAAUAAUCGGGAUAUUUUUCCCUAUCAAAAAGAUUUAUAAAUGAUAAUUUGUGACUGUCGCUAAAUCGUUCCUGCAAUUGAACAAUAAUUGUAUCAAUUACCUCAAACGCAACUCUUUUAAAAUUCAUCUUAAUAUUCUGAGAAAUCGCGUCACCUAAAAAUUCGUCACAUUGGUCUACACAAGAAGCAAUAGUUUCAUCUUUACGUAAGUCAGAUAUAUUUUUAAUUGUUUGUUCUACUUCUUUGAAACAAAUUGCAGGAUUUGACAGUAUUUUUGAUUGCAAAAUUGAGUAUAAAUGAUUUGAAAACACGAAAAUUUUAUAAAAAAGACAUAACAUAAGAACAAAUUUAGGUUGUUUUAAUAUUUUGAUUAAACCUAUAGCCAAAUUAGUACUUUCUGGAUCGAAUUUAUCAGAAUCUUCUAUGAAUUUCAUAAUUUUUAAUAGAGUGUGAUAGUUUCGAAAAAUAGAGAAUACUGACCGAGAAUGGAAAUUCCAUCUUGUGUCAGACCCACUUGGAAUACUAAAACCUGAUUUUCUUAAUUCAUCUGCUCGUAAAGGAGAUCUUCCAAAAAAAGUUUUAAAACUACUUAAAUUACAAAUAAACAGUUUAACAUUAGUAAUUCGCUUGGAACAAUGUAAAAGAACUAAAUUUAGUUGGUGAGCAUGACAGUGUAUAAACAGUGCUUGUGGACAGAUUUUGUUAUUAUAGUUUGUACGCCACCCUUCGUUCCUGACAUGACACUAGCCCCGUCAUAAGUUUGGAAUACAAGUUUUUUUUUGACUUGGCAUAAUUUUAACACUUCCAAUAUUUUACUACUAAGACCUACGGCCCUUAUCACCAGAUACAUCAUAAAAUCCAAGAAAUCUUUCUACUAUCUCAUUUUUACAGACAUACCUCAAAAUAACACUAAAUUGCGCACAACACGAAAUGUCUGUAGUUUCGUUAGCUUGAACAGAAACAAAUUCGGUGUUUUUUAAUUCUUCUAAAAUUAUUUCCUGAACUACACAUGUGAUAGAUUCAACAAGAUCAUUCUGGAUGUCACUCGAUGUCCCUCUAAAAACCGAACUGCUUUCUAAGUGAUCCUUAAUGGCAGGUUCCUCCAUAGCUAGUAGCUGCAAUAUCUCCAAAUGAUUUCCUAAAAUAUUUAUAUUCAAUGCUAACAUUUUAGCAAUUAAGUUACAAUAACCUACCUUUAUUUCUUGACUCUCCAGUCUCAUCAUGGCUUCUAAAUGCAAGUUCUUGCUUCGCCAAAAAACAUACAACGUCAAUUAAUCGGCCUACUAUCUGUCUAUUUUUUUUCACUUUCUCAUUGUGUCGGAGAGCAUUAAUUUUUCGCGCCUCAAUUAGAGUGUGAUCAAUGCGGACUUUUCCCAACAUGCAAAAAAAUUCAUUACAUGAAAUGUGUUUUUUCGAGGUAGCAUGUUUGUUCGCUUUCUGAACAAAAUUUUUGAUAACAUUGAUCCCAUCUUUUGCCCAAGCUUCUUCUCCGCCAAAUAAAACACAGGGAAAGCAGUACAAAGCAUUCAAAUUGACACUUCCCGUCAACCAGCUGAACGACUCGUACCAGGUUUUUUGGAAUUUCCGGAUAGUUUUGCCGUCUUUUUGUGAAAUAUUAAGAUCAGGUCGUUUUUGAGAAUUUUUUAAAUUAAGUUUUUCUUCUAAUGAUAAAGAAGAAAAGUUUUGUUCUUUAAUGUAUGUAAUUGGAUCCAUUAUUUUAAAAUUAAAUAAGACAAAUAAAAACAAAACUCAAAUACAAUUACCAAUAUCAAACAGUCAUUCAUUAAUAACCACUAAAAUUAAAAUAUCCACUAAAAAAACGUUUUUUAUACACCCAAAAAUAAAAAUACUACUAAAUAUUAAAUUACUAGAGCACGCGCCCGCACCAAAUGCCAAAUGCAGAUUCAUCAAAACAAAACAAAACUGAAGAUGUAUUGCGGCCGACCAGAUCAAGUGUGUUUAUAAACAAUAACCCCUCAACAGCAUAAUAAAAUAGCUGGUCGACUUCCAUAGACAAAAGCUCGAAUGUCUUUCCCGCGAGUAAAUUUCGCAGACGUAAUAGGCUGAAUGCGUUGCGACCGGACCUCUGUCGCCUGCUUGAUGCGUAUUUGGUUCGAUUAGAUGCUAAGACAAAUAUCAAUGUGUCUUCCUGGGGCUCGGUGUCAGCCCUGCGUAGUAGCCCCUUAUUGGUUAAACCCCAAAAAGGCAAGCCAUACCGAAUAUGAGAUUCAAUAAGUGAAAAGUACACUGAACGUGCAACCACCCCUCCCAGCUCUUGUUUUGCCAUUCUUACUGCAAAACAUCCAGAAGAUAAUUUCCCAGCUAAAUGUAAAAUAUGAUCUUCAAACCGAAGGCGACCAUCAAUGGUAAUUCCUAGGAACUUGCAGCACUCUUUAUUCUGCAAGAGGGAAUUUUCGUCAAACAUCAGACCCUGAACAUCGCACUUAAACCCCAUAAUAGACGUCUUACUUACAUUAAACACGAGCCUGUUGGAAGCACACCACCCUGAUAAAAUCUGAAGGUCUUCAAGGAUACAAGUCUUAAUAUAAUCAGAAUUUUUAUGGCUCCAUAGAAUGGUGUUAUCAUCAGCAAACUAAACCACCUUGCCCUGCAGUUUCAAUGAACUCAAGUCAUCCACAUACAGUAAAAAUAACAGUGGUCCCAACACUGAACCCUGGGGAACGCCGCAUUUUAGGGAUCUAGAAGCAGACAAACGCCCAGACACUGUAACCUUCUGAAUACGAUUUGAUAGAUAGGACUCAAGUCAUCGCAUAGACACAUAGAUGCUCUCCAAAAAGCUAAAAACAGCAUCAUGAGUCCCUUUACCGGCUUGAAAUCCAAACUGAUUUGCAGACAAAAUGCCAUUAUGAUGUAAAAAAGACAAAAUUCUGCUUUUUGCAAGUGUUUCAACUAUCUUAGAGAGGAUAGACAAAAUAGAAAUGAGACGGAAAUUACAAGGCUGAUCCAAAUCUCCACCCUUAUGAAGAGGGCUAACCACUGCCUCCUUUAAACAUGAAGGAAAAAUGCCAAUAUGUAAAGAAUUGUUCAUGGCAGAAACUAAAGCAUUUAAGGAUGAAUCAGGCAAAAAGAGUAACAACCUCGAAGAUAUCCCAUCAGCUCCAGAUGAUUUAUGGUUUUUUAGGAGUUUGAUUUCAUUUUUUACUUCAGUAAGAUCGACAGGAUGAAAGAAAAAUGAAUGCUCAACCGACACUUGUUAAAGAUAGUGUAAGGGAUCAAUGUUACUAUGAAUGCCCUUGAGCAAGAUAUUAGGUCUUAACUCCGGUUCAGAUACUUUUCUAUGGCAAUGUCUAAAAUCAUUAAUAAUCGACCAAUAACUAAAAAAUGAUAUAACUAAAAGACUAGACUAUAGGGGAAAAGCAUUAUUGGUGUUGCUUCAAACACCGAACAUAAACUAGAAUAGAAGGAUCACUCUAAGCGCCGCCCAAAAUGUUGCCUGUCUCACUCGCUUUCUGAUGCUACUCUUUUUUGCUGCCCGGUGGCGACUGCGUUAUACAGGGGCGUCUUCAAUAUUAGAACUAUAAUAGCGUUGUGCGGAAAUUUUGUACGAUUUGAUAUGUUGCGUAGAUGGCUGCAGGAGUAAAAGGGAAUAUACAUUUUUUUAAAAUAAAAAUGGAUUAGUUCACAGAAAAAAAUACACGCUUUUCUUCAGUAUUUCUUAAAUAUCUCGGAAAAUUGAGAUCUUACAAAAAAAAUCUAAUAAACCAAAGUUGGUUUAAAAAUAAAAGAUUGGCUUUAUAGGCUCUAUAAAGCCAAUAUGGCUCUAUAGGCGCCGAGAUACAACUGUGUGAACAUAACCCCCCCUGUUUUUAGAUAACAAAAUAUAAUGACGUAAAAUAAUAACUUGAAAUAAUUUUAACAAAUCACGUUUCUUAGACAAAUAUCUAGCACGUUUUUUCAAGCAUGUACUAUCAAAAACUUUAAAAAUAAACUUGACAGUCAUUAGCAUAAAAAUUAAAAAAGUUAGGAAUAAAAUAAAAAUAAUUGCAGUUUUAAAAAAAUUUAUCAUAAAAAAUUAUGUAUUUAUUUCAAAAAUUAAAGCGUAGAUUUCUACA